AGUGACACCAUUAAGUAUACGUUCAGCAGCGUAUUGCAUAGAAAGAACUAAAAAUCACCAUAGUUUAACUGUAUACAGAUUCAGUCAUGGCAGUCAAACUCAAAAUGUAAUACCAAAAAAAAAAUUUAAAAAUGCGAUAACAUUAAGUGCAGUUGUGUGUAAUUGUCACACUGCAAUUCCCCCUUCCUACAAGUCAAUGCUUCAUCGAAGAGUAUUACAGCGGCUACAUUAUUAACCAAUUUAAACCUAAAUCCGAGUGGUUCUACUAUUAUUUGGCGUCUCACCAUUUAACACUUAACAGGUUAAUGGUAGCAACAAAAUUUAACAAUCAGUGAACUUGCUAAAGGUUGUACCAAUUCUGUGACGGGUCUCCCAGACAGAGAAGACGGACGUUUAAUUUAACUUUUUAUCAACAACGUCGACGACAGAAACCGGACGCUACCCGUUUAUUCUCCCCACACCAAUAAAUCAGAAACGUGAACAUCGUAUAUAUGUGCAUGCAGACUGAAACGCAAUCAAGCAAAUGCCAAUGAUGGAAAACGAAACAACACUCAGCUGCAACCAGACUCAAACCAGCACCCCUUCGCCUGGUCCUGUGUCCCCAUGUCCCAGUGCCCCACCCCAUCAUGCCCCCCGCUAUGGCACUGUCAUCCCCAAUCGAAUUUUUGUGGGAGGAAUAGAUUUCAAGACAAACGAGAAUGAUCUGCGACGAUUCUUCUCCCAGCAUGGUUCAGUGAAGGAGGUGAAAAUUGUUAUUGACCGUGCUGGGAUUUCCAAAGGGUAUGGGUUUGUGACGUUCGAGACACAGGAAGAUGCUGAGAAGAUACUUCAUGAUGCUGACAGGCUUUGCUUCAGGGACAAGAGGCUCAACAUUGGCCAGGCCAUUCGCAAGCAGCAAGUGGGAGUACAUACAGCAGCCAGCUUCCCUGUGCCCAGCCCAAGCCCAAACAUGGCCUUUCCCGCCCCGGGGGGAACCAUGUACCUCACCACCUCCACUGGAUACCCCUACACAUACCACAAUGGCGUGGCCUACUUUCACAGCCCCGAGAUGAGUCCUUCAGCUCACCACUGGCCUCCCCGGUCAGUUUCUGGCUCUCCAGUCAUGGUGACCCAUCCCCCGACGGCAGUCUACCCCCCCCCGCCCGCCUUCCAUCCCUACCAGGCACCAGCCCAUUGUGUUACUGGACCAGUGCAGUGGAAUAUAUCCCAAUGUCCAGUGCCCAGCAGCCCCCUGCUCUAUGUCCAGCCUUCGGAGCUGCUGUACCAGCCAGUUGAGCUGGCGUCUGAUGGGGGCUGUGUUCUCCCUUCACUGUCCCUGCUGGAGGCGACCACUGCAGAGCCGUAUGUUGAUCACAUGGUGCAACCAGCCUAUCACCAGGUGUAUGCCCAGAGCCCUGGGGGAGUAGCACCGCCUGUCAUUCAGCAGGAGACAGCAAAGGAGCAGCGCUUUCACUCCAUUAGGCGAGGGUUCCCCCAUUCGCCGGUCAGCCUGAAGACACGCCACAGCCGCAGCCCCCACUACACCUACCCUCACAAGGAGUAUCGCACGGAUAUCACUGCCCUGUCUCCCCAGCCCAGUACGGAGCCCCUCAAGUAGAGCAGACAGGUCUGGUUUGGUUGUGGGCCAUGGGCCCGAUCUCCUGGAGGAGCCGUGCUCUGUAGACGGCAGGCAAGCCCACUGCGUAAAACACAACCUGCUCCCCUGCCUGAUAUCUACCAGAAAGCACAUCAUCAUACUUCCUGCUUUUAUUCACUCAGAUCCGCUCUGGGUUACACCGUCACACCCCAUUAAAUGUAAUGCAGCAGAUGCCAGUUAAUUAAUUGCACACCCAGGUGGUGCACUCUGGACUGGUAUUAGAGUUCAUGCUGCAUCUGUUUGCCAUCUGAUAUUAAUACUAAUUACUACACAUACAUGUUUAUUUUAAGAUCACAUUUUUAAAAAGUAUUGUGGAAAUUUGAGGAAACAAAGAAACAAGGCUGCCGGACGUCAGUAUUCAUGAACAGUGCUUUGCUCACGAUGACCAGAUUUCUCGUGAAUGCUUCACCCAUCUGUAGAAGUGGCACGAUUGCAAAAAAGGCACAAAAACUCCUUUUACCAUCAAAGUGCUAAGAGGUAAAUAAACUGUCUACAUAAACUGCAUUUGGCGCUUUACUUUAAGGAACAAAUUCUAGAAUUUUAGACCCUGCACCCUGAACUUGAAACAUACAGUGACAGAGAAACUAAUGAAAAACCACAUCAAUCACAUCUGAGAAUAAUGAAUGAGUGAGCAGAUUCUGUUUAUUGUAGUUAUGUUGAGACAGACCUGAACUUGAAAUGGGAAAAUGCUUCAGAGCUGUCUCCGGUAUACUGACCCCUCAGUGCUUGAACCUAAAACACUGUGUUUUUUACUACGGUGUCAUGUUGGGUUUCAGAUAAGAACACACCUACUAUAGCAGACUUUUUUCACUGGUUUUUUUUUUUUUUUUUCCGUUUUAAAGUAAUACAAAUGUAUCCUUAUAAAGUAAUUAACUGAGAAUUGCUAGCUGUAUUGAAACGUACAAUCAGAUAUCUUUGUUUACGUGCUACCAUAGCAGUUUUUGUCAAAAUGCCAAAUAAUUAGCAUUUCCUUUUAUAGGUCCAACUGUUUUGUAGUAUACCACUGUGCUUAAGCAGAGCAAAAGCUUUAAAUUUUUUUCUAGCAUUUCUGUAAUCUAAAACUAAAACUGUUCACUGCUGUUCAUUUUUUUUCUGAGAAUGAAAAACAGAAAUUUAAAGGUUUUGAAACGUGCCAAAAAGUCAAGGAUGUCCCUUGAAACAUUUAAAAAAUGGCAUUGAAGUUCCAUUGCAAGGCAGAAAGAUCCUUUCAUCAGUUCACAUAUUUGACACCAGGGGGCAGUCCCACAUUGGUCUUUACUUAAAAGCGAAAACAUUGCAACUGAAUAACACUAGUAUAAGUCUGCUGGGGAGGUUACAUGGUCCUGCCUAGAUAUCUAGCAUAUGUGGACAAAGUUUGUAGCAGAGAGGACCGGCUUGCUGUGAGAUCUGGCUUCAUGAGGUCCACAUCUGCACUUCAUUUCUGCUGCUGCCUUUGAGUAGAACCUGGCAGCCCAGUUUCCACAGAGGUUGAGCUUGGCACAUGCCAUUACCAAUCCAGACAGCGUAACCUUCUGAAUGCUGUAGUCUGUUGUGUACCGUUACCUCCUGUAUGUAGAGUGUGACUAACAUAUUAAUUUGCUGGCACGGUACAAGCUGUAUCCUAUUUAUACCUGUCUCUGACAUUUCCUCGGCCAAUAUAAUAAGUUAUCACAAAAUGUUGAAAUUUUUAUUGUUAUAGAGUGAGUAGGAGCCAAGAAAGUCAGAAUUUGGGGCACAGUCCGGUCAGUCAAGGCAUUCCUGCUAUCUCAUACACCAGUUCUUAUUGUUCCUCAUUUCUAUUGUUCUCUUCCUGUCUUGCCACCCUAAAACAAGUUUGUUUGAGGAUCCAAACUGUACAUUUUAUUUGCUGGACCUUUUGUAGCAUGGAAUAAUGUAAAUACAAGAUGGUGAGGAAAACUGAUACUUUUUUGCUGGGUCUGUGCAGGAAAAAAAAGAUUCUCUAGCAUAAGUCUUCACUUGCAUCAGGAUUUCUCAGAUGCAUAAAUAUUUUUGUAUUGUGUCUUUGCAUCUCAGGAAUGUGUUUUCUCCAUUACAAAAAAUACAAUGAAGUUUGCAAUGGAAAGAACAAGUUUGGAUGUUUCAGUUUAUUAGGCACAACAAAUUUAACUUUGUAUUUUUCUGAAAGAGUAGUUUACUUGAUGUUUACACUGACGUACUGAAUCCCAGUGGAUUUGUUAGAGAUAGACAUUUGCCAGAUUUUUAUGCAAGACAUCCAAAUUUAUCCUUUGUUUUUUCGAAAGCAAACAUUGCAUACAGUGUUUGUCCUUUUCAAGAGAUACUAGUGUUUUUCUUGGUUAGUUUUACAGCUUUUCUCAGCAGGACAAAUUAUUUUUCACUUAUUGUUUGAAAUUCUUUUUAUACAGUAAUGAUGACUAUUUACUUUCAACGCAGAAAGAGCAGCAGGGUGAUAACUGUCAGUGGUUACUGUCUGGACAGUUCCUUUUUUUUUGUUUGGUUUUGCCUUGGCAGCGUGCCUUGGCAGCUGGCUGCUCCUUUAUGUAUGUCGGCUGAGUACAAUUGCAUGUAUUUAAUUCUUGAACCUGACUUUGAAAACUUAUUUUUUUAUAUGGUAAAACGUGAUGUAUUUAAAAUACUGUAUUAGCAGAAAAUGGUGAGAACAUUCGUAGAGCAUUUCCCUUGGGACUGUUGAGUGAAUACAUUGCUGUCUCUAUUAUUUUUAUUAAUCAUUACAUGGUAUUAGUGUACAAUAGCUCUCAUAGAGUUCGGCACUGAAAUUUUCUCCGAUAUUUUAUUGCCGUUAUUUUUUGCGUGCAGUUUAUUUUUUGUUAUUCAAAAAAAGAUUUACCGUGGUGUCAUUCAAUUCACAAAAAAAUAAUUUAGUUUAAUUUAUGAUUUAAAUUUAUGAUUUAUGACAUCAAAAAGUCAACAGGUUAGAUUUUAAAUUGGUUCAGGUUGUUUUAUUAAUAAAAACAAUGACUGUUGUAGGUUUAUUCAUUUACUUGAAGUUGUAGAAGUUCUUUUAGGAUUGACUUUAGUUGGUUUUGUUUGUGUAAUUCUGGUAUUAGAAGUUGUGUUUUAAGUGCCUGGGCAGUUUCACACACGCUGCAGGAGAUAAGUGUAUUUAAACAUUUUGUAUUGAGUUGUCAUUUUUUUCUUAAUCUCCCUUAAAUUGUACCAUGUGUCAUUUUAGUGCAUCACUUAUAAUGAGAGUGUUUUAUGUUGGCUAAAUGUACUUUAAGGACGAUUAAGGACCUUAAUUUGAAAAUUCAUCACCCACCCACUCUAAUGCAUGCAUGAAGUGUUAUAUUUGUCUGUCUACAUCUUAAUGCACAUCAUAACCGAAUGUGAUUCUGUUUACUCAUAUGUGGGUGUGACCUGUGCCUGUGCUUCUGCCCUUGACCCAGUCUCUAGCUCUUUGAGCUGGUGGUCAGCAGUGACCACACAUUCAGUCAGAGCUGCUUGUGUGCUGCUUGCUCAUAAAUAACCAAAAAAGUAGGCUGCUUUGUAUAUAGUUUUAUAUUCAUGGGAAACUUUUACAUUUUGUAUAUCUAUUUCUAUUCUGUACUUUAUAUUUUUACUGCUUUACAAAUUGUUCUUGUUAAAUUUGAAUUAUUUGUAAUCUCUGUAUUGCUUUUUGUGCAUGUAGAUGUUCAAGAUGGGGGGUUGAUAUACCAGAAAAUAAAAGUGUUGCAGCUUUACAGUA